ACAACGACACUAGUGCUAGGUGCAGUUGGCUUAACCUCGAUGGUGAUAUAUCUCUUAUUCACUGAACUACUAUUGCCUUCCGGCGACACCCAAGUAUUUAACAGAACAGUCACUUUGGUUGAAAAUGAUCUAGAAUGUCAAAAACUAUUAAGAAUGAAGCCUGGUGCAAGAUUAAAAGCAUAUGGCGAAUCUUCCGAAAAUAAAUGGACCAGAAAUAGACCAAUAUCCUCGAUCAGAAAACCAGAUCCUAAUAACCCAAACCAAGAAUUAUUAUUUAUGAAAUUUCACGUGGAAAGUGAAGAAAAAAUAGGCAAUGUUCAAUUGGAAAUCAAGUCGACUGAUAUUGCCAAUCCGGAAUAUGUUUAUCUAUUUUUACAGGUUGAUGGUUAUAAACAUUUUAUUAUUUCUCCACCGAGAAAAGUGGUGAGAAUACCUGGAAAAACUGAUAAUUCUGGCUUUUUAGGAAUUAAAUGGGGUCUUAAAAAAGAAUGA